ACAGCUCCAGCUAUAUUCAACACAGACACCGGAUCAUUAUAUUAACGCACAUCUUAUUCAAUUAUUCUUAAUUCCAGCAUCUUCUCAAAUAUUCUUAAUUAUAUAUCGUUACAGGCCAUUACCCAAAAACGAAAAUUAUCCAUUUUUAUCCUCGACUCCAUCUGAAUCUUAACCACCUAUAAUAUCUCGGAGCAACAAUAAUAUCAAAAGCAGAUACUAUGGGAGAAAAUAUUACUACCCCCGUCUCGAAUUCAGGACUAAGCGGCAAGCAUCAGCAGGAACUGGAAAAUUUGAGACUCACAACACAACCAUUCAAAACAUUGAAGUUCUUCAUUUUGGCUGUUGUUCAGUAUCUUAAGAGAUUGUUACAGUAUCUUCUAGGGCAUGGAUCUUGGCUCAUUCCCAUGGGUGUUGUCCUGGUAGCAGGUGGUAUUCUGCUUCUGAACACUGAUGGUCCUCAUGAAAAGCACAUUGAAGAGCUUUUUCAAUAUCUACAGUUUGGAUUAUGGUGGGUGGCCCUUGGUGUUGCAUCUUCUAUUGGUCUUGGAUCUGGUUUGCAUACUUUUGUUCUAUAUCUAGGUCCUCACAUUGCUUUUUUCACUCUAAAAGCAAUGCAGUGCAGUCGCGUAGACAUCAAAAGUGCCCCAUAUGAUACCAUACAGUUAAAGAGAGGGCCUUCCUGGCUUGCAAAGAAUUGUUCUGAAUUUGGCCCCCCUAUGUUUUCCUCUUCACAUGGUCCGCACAUUCCACUUACCAGUAUAUUGCCACAGGUCCAGUUAGAGGCUAUUCUUUGGGGUAUUGGAACUGCGCUAGGAGAGCUACCUCCAUAUUUUAUUUCAGGAGCAGCAAGCUUAUCAGGUGGAAAGUUGGAUGCAAUGGAAGAAUUGGGCACUUCCUCUUCACAAGAUGAUGGGUGGAUAGCUACUCGUCUGAAUCAAUUAAAGUGCUGGUUCCUUUCACAUGCACAGUAUUUAAACUUCUUUACUGUAUUAGUGCUUGCUUCGGUACCAAAUCCUCUGUUCGACCUUGCUGGUAUAAUGUGUGGACAAUUUGGAAUUCCUUUCUGGGAGUUUUUUCUGGCUACAUUGGUCGGAAAAGCAAUUAUUAAAACUCACUUACAGACUAUUUUCAUCAUUUCAGUCUGCAACAAUCAACUACUUAACUGGAUAGAGAAUGAGUUGAUUUGGGUUUUCAGUUUCGUACCUGGUUUUGAGUCCAUCCUCCCCAACCUUGUGGCCAAACUGCAUGCCAUGAAAGACAAGUAUAUGGCAACCCCAUCUCACGUGACCUCCAAUUUAAAGGUGAAAAAGUGGGAUCUCUCAUUAGCUUCAAUUUGGAACACUGUUGUAUUGUUAAUGCUUGUAAACUUCUUAGUUCAAAUUGUGACUGCUACGGCACAAAGGUAUCUUAAGAAGCAGCAGGAGAAAGACUUGGCUGCUUUAAAUCACAAUUCUAAAGCUGCAGGGACCUCGAAUGAUAGCGAAUAGACUUCUAGAUAGAUCUAGGGAGUAGCGUUGGGGAAUUUAAGCGCCCGCAUUUGGGCGCAGCAAUUGAAAGUAGCCAAAGCUUUAUCUGCACCAGAUCUACCUUAAAUAUUUGUAUAGGAAGUGCAGAAUUUGCUGACCAAACAAGACCUUGUAAUGUUUGAGAAACAGUGUUCUAGAGAAGAUGAUGUUGAAGAAUUGUUGCUAUUGGCUUGUAAUGGGACAACAAAAUCAUAGUACUCUUCAGCAAUCAAAGACAUUAUUUACUUGGUC